UGGCACAAGUCCGCCCCACCGCCAGGAUGCCUAAGAGGAAGGCCAGCUCUGCUGAGUGGGUGGCAGAGGAGGAGCCCGAGAGGGGAUCUGCAUGGUUGUCAGCUAAACCUGCUCCUGCAAAAGUGGAAAUAAAGCCAAAAAAGGCGGCAGGAAAUGAUAAAUCUUCAGACAAAAAAGAGCAAACAAAAGGGCAAAGGGGAGCAAAGGGAAAACAGGCCGAAGUGGCUAACCAAGAGACUAAAGAUUUACCUACAGGAAAUGGAGAAACUAAAAAUGAGGAGAGCCCAGCCUCUGAUGAAGCAGGAGAGAAAGAGCCAAGUCUGAUUAAUAGCAUACAGCUGGUCUUUUCAGUGGUCCCUGUCUCCCUUCUUGUAUAA